AUUAACUAAUGUAUUUCGUAAUAUGAAACGUAAGUGAAGAUAAAUGACUAGUACUACAACUGCCACUAGUAUUCGAAAAAAUCCUAACAUUUACCCCAAUCCAGUUAAAAAUGCAUCUCAAUCCUCCGUAUACGACUUUUGAAUGAAUGUUUAUGUUAAUAUGAGCUUAAAGUUGAUUUUUGUUUAUGUUGAAGCCAUUUGGAAUUUUGUCAGGAAAUUUUGAUUUCUGACCCACAGUGUGAAGACGGAGCACACCGCAGAUCUCCGUUUGGUACUUUCUCUCGGUGCGGGCGCUCCGAUGCUAAUUUCUCCCUCAAUGUGCACGCCGUGCUUGGCGUUGUUAUUGACUUGGAGAAAGAGCGACAUUCGGGGCUCCUCCAAGAGAUCGUGGCUUGGGAGUUGCGUGGAGUCUUUAUGGUUGUUAAGAUGUUUGGUAACCAGAUCUUCCAAAUUUGGGCGACCCGCCAUUCAGUCUUGCUGUGGCGGUUGUAUUCGCGAGUUCAAUAGAGUAUACUUGAUAAUAACGAUCGUAACGAAAAUCGGUUUGAGGUUUUUUUCGUAACGAAGUGGAAUUCCAGCGUUGCGGGAAUGUAGAAGAUCGCGAUAGGAAAAAGGAUAACAAUGGAAGGAUAUUUCUACCUGACUACCGGUUGGACCUGAUUCGGAACAUCCUUAGGCGGCAGGGACAAAGGCAAUGCAUUGUGCUGACUUCUUGGGAGAAUCGACUUGAAAUUGGUUGUUUUGUGAAGUUUUCGUCGAAUCGUUACAGCUAUCAUUAAGUUGAUGGAAGAGUCGUAAAAUACAAAACACCAUUGUGAGAAUUCUUAAAAAAAAAAUCAGUGAAGAGAGGACGAAGCAUAGAAGUAAGGGAAACCAAAGACGAGUGUGGAGUGGAACGAAUGGAAUGAUUUUGAACAACGAGAAAUAGAUUACUAUGGACUUAUCAUAGUACCAUCAUCUAUGCUCGUGUGGUCUCAUCUCAUCCAAAGGGAUUUUAGUUCAUUCGAAGACAGAAGUAAAAGUGAUUGAGGUACAUCUCUGCCUUGGCAGUUAAUAGGGCAUCAGUAGGAAUCGGAAACUGUCGGUGUAAGAUUGUGUUCGGUUGUGGGGUGACAUUUGAAUUAAAAUUAGUUAUUUCCUCUGGAAUCAAACUAGUAAAUAUAGAGCGAGUGAUCAUCUGAUGUUGACGAAUAUGAACAUCAGAUGCCCUGAUUAUUACAAAAAAAACAGCACUGCGAAAAGAGAAGUGUAACAACACAAGUGCAAGUGAAGUAAACCACUUACCAUCGAAGGUAUGCGUGAUCCUUCGACUCUGAAGCAAAUCGAAUUGUGGUAAAAUCAAGAGGAAGAAAAUCCUUAAGCAAUGUAGUGAAAGUGGAAGUUUUAAAGCCUUCGCGUUCGUUUAAAAAUCGAGAUUAUUGUGUAACCUUCCGUCGGACGGCAGAAAAAAACGCGAAGAGAAAAUACACAGUUUGUUACAUCCAAGGAUACUCAAUAUCGGCGUAAAGCAGAUUCUUGAAGCUGAGAGUGGUUCGGUAUCGUUGCCUUCACAUUUUGCUGAUCUGAACAUUUUGCGGCGCCGUGAGCGGAGAAAAUCAUCAAAAUGAAGAAUGUGUGGCGAAUAUUUCUUCUGCUGAUGAUUUUAAAUGACCUGAGUUUAAUUAGCUCGGAGCCACAGUAUCAGCAGCAGCAAAAUCAACUUCAACCACAGGGAAAUUUCGACAACAAUGUGAAUAACAACGUGAACAACAAUAACUAUUAUGGGCCUCAACAGCAACCUCAACAACAGCAACCACCACCAUAUCAGUAUCGACCUCCCCCUCCUCCAACAACAGCUGCUCCAACGUUCUUCCAGAGAAUCACAAGCUGGUUCAACUUUUUUGGAGAUGAUAGUGGUGAUAGGCGUCCAUUGCCACCUAGAAAGCCACCAGCUCCGAAUCCCCAACCUCCUCCUCUUUCUCCUCCUCCUCAACAACAAUUUCAACCACAACAACAACAGCCAUUCCAACCUCAGCAGCAACUCCAGCCCCAACCAAAUUCGCAGUUUGUCCAGUUUCCACAACCGCAACAAAAUGAACCGUUUCAAAACGGCAGUAGGAUUGGCAUAGUGAAUACGAACUAUGGUCCACCAGGCUUUAAUAAUCCACAGUUGAAUGGAGGAUUUCAACCAAUUGUACAACAAAACAACAACCAUCAAACAAGUGGCAGUAAUUACCAUCCGGUGGCAAACGUAGUGUCUCCGAAUAAUAACGUCCAAGGUCCUGGUUAUCACUAUCCACCACCUCAACAGGUAGUACAACAGCCACAGAAACCUUAUGUUCCAUCGACAUUGCAACAGCAGAUCGUUGGAUCUCAACAGGAUCCGAGAAUACUAAAGCCUUCGCAACCGUAUCAUCAGAACAAUCAGUAUCGUGAUCCUGAACCCACGUCCAUUUCUCCUGGAGCAGUUCCAGUUCCGGGAAUUCAGAACCCAAAUGGUUUCCAAGAUUUUGACUAUCAUCCAUGCAACAAUGUGCCAUGGGUUCCAUUAGAACCGCCUCCUGGACAACUCCCAGUUACGCAAGUGCCUCCAAAUGCUAUCCCUGAGAUCACAUCCCCUACCAAACGUCCUAUAAAACUUGAAAUCAGACCCAAAGGUCAAGUUCACUCAGUAUCUCAUUACCCACCAUCCAUCCAAAAUCACGAACCAGUAAUCAUCACAGCUGCUCCUCCACCGCAGCAACUGAUUCAGCUGCAACUUCAGCAACAACAGCAACAGCUGCAAAAUCUUCAGUUACAACAGCUACAGCUGCAGCAACAACAACUUCAGCAACAACUCCAGCAGCUUCAGGUUAGUACUACAGCAGAGCCAUCGUUACCUCCAACGACAACGACUCCAUUCAUACAAACGGCAGCCCCAACGGCUGCUCAUUUUGUGACUCGAAAACCUGACUCACCACAACCAAGCAUAGCUCCGAUUACUUUCCGACAAGUCUCAGCAUCGUACUUCACCAACAAAGACUACCAUCCUCCAGCCAAAAUUUUACCAAUUCAGGACGAAGGAAAACCGCACGCUUCAAUCACCCUUCCAAACUUGAGCGCUUCACCAGUGCCUCCUCUCUAUACAGCGACUUCUUUCCACUCGGACCCGUACAAGUUUUACCGACCAUACAAACCACGUGAUAAUUUCAUAGAGCUUGGCUAUGGCUACCCACAAUCACUGCAAUCUAUGUCGGACAGUUACACGCGUUAUAACAGACCUCCGUACUCUGGAAACAGGCCUAACCACUCAAUUUUCGAUGUUGAACAGGUCGCUUCAUCAUCCUCCACCGUUUACACGACGGUAGCAUACUCGAACGAUGAUUCCAAACCUGCGGCUUCUGAACACCGGAACGUAACUAUCAGCGGUACAAACCAACUGUCUGCCGAAGAUGAAGAUUAUUCUUCGGAAGAAGACGACGAACAAAUCAGUGGAGUAACAGUCACCUUCCCGGUGGAGGUAACUAGUGUCGUGCCGAAAACCCGCUACUAUUCCUCAAGAACGACCACCACUGAAAGACCUACCACGUUCCCAUCUUCACUACCUCCACCAACAGAUCCAGGGGAACUAGGAAACGGACUUCAAAUAAUCUACUCUGCCAAUCUACAUACCAGUUCACCAGUUAAAAAUAAACACUAUCAAAGACAACUACCCGAUUCUGAACUUGACCAUCCUGAUUUACGUCCUCCGGAGAGCUUAUUUAAUAACCUUCUCAGCGAAGAAGAAGACUCUGUAGCCAAAGAAACUGUCCCUACCACGAUAUCAACUCACGCUCCACCAACCAGACCGGUUUCUAGCAUACUGACUACACUUAAAGUUACAGCCAACCGUCCAACACUCUUCCAACUUUACAGAACUACUGAAGUUCCUACCACAGAAAACACGACUCCGAUUCCUCGAACGGUGACCACCGUUCCUCCAACUGCAUCAUCUCAUUUAUCCUCAAUGACAGCUGCAAUCGGCGGUCAUAUCAACACUGCAGCAACCAAAAAACCAAAGCAAAUCCAGAUCAUCAUACCCUACAGUACGUACAAAAAGCCAGAGCCAUUCAAACCCAAAGACCGAGAUGAAAUAGAUCACGCCUCGGCAGCAUCCAACAUCGUGACGUCUACCUCAGGAACUUCCACCACGACCGCCCCGACCAAGUCCCACUUUGUUACCCGUGAAUCCAUGAAGUUCUUCCAUUCCUCCACUAACAUUAAGGACAUCCUUCGCAAGGAAACCACUCGUCCCUUCUCUCGUCCACCAACAACCGUCCCGGAAAAACCCACCAAACUCAAGAAAGUCGAACCGGUAAAAGUCUCCAAAGAUUCCAAGCCCUUCACCCCGCCUCGCGUCCCUAAGAUGACCCCAAUGCCUCCGGUAUUCAACCUCACUGGACUAUCCGCUGACCAACGGCUAGAACGCACAACAACGCUCCCACCUCGAACCUUCCGACCAACAAUCAUCAUGGCGCACCCCUCCCGCUUCACGCCAAACUACAUCAACAUCACCCGAAUGCGACCUGUACCAACCACCCACACCUAUCCCCCACGAACCACCAUUUCCCAGCUACUCCGUACCACCAAAAUCCAUACCAAACCUCCGAAACCUCACGACGACCAAGAAAACCCAUCCCGAUCGCUCCCGCCCAUUGUCUACCGACGGACUACGGUACCCACCACUACCACGACAACCGAACGACUCGACACCACUCCAAUCCCCAUCUACGAACGCAACGAGUGGGACAUUGACCCGCUGCUCCUUCAGCGACGAAUCGACACCUGGACCGAGCAGCAAUACGCCAGCGAAGAUUACCUCUUCAAGUCCAGCACCAUACCGCUGCACCGCGUUACCAAAGCCAUCCCUUGGGAGUUCCUCACGACCACUAUGCUGCCGUCGUUGCGGGACCGUACCAAGGGGCGGGACACCUGGCGCAACGUCAAAAUUGCCAUCUCGCCGCACACCAAGGAGAAGGUGUACGUGGUGACUCCGCAACCGUGGACGGCCAUCAUCAACCAGGAAACGGUUUCGUCGCCGAGGUUCUCGAUUCGGCCGACACCAUUCUACCAGAAGGCUGGGUUCAGCACCAUCAGCGUCAGUCGAAGUAGGGGCAGCAGCAGCAGCAUCAGCAGCAGUAGUAGAGGUGGUAGUAGUAGCACAGGAUCGACUGUGGAUGUUUCACCGGAAUCAGUGAACGAUCUGGUGGAACACAAAUCGAAACUGCACCGAGCAACGCUAAGUUUGGCCAAGCUGAAGCACCGAAAGUACGUCCGACAGAAAACUUUUACCCGGGCGCCAUUUCAGCCCACUUCAUCUAGAUCCGGCAGCAGCAUCAACUACGAAUCGGCGUGAUGCCCCUCAACAAGACUAUUAGCUACUUUUAGGCAACAGCAGCAAUAUCCGAACAGCCAAAGCCAACUCCAGAAUCAUUCAAUUCCGCAUAUUGUGUAGAGAUAGACGUAGGUUACGAAACGGGGGAAGCGUGCGAUAGACAGUGAGGUGGUCCAUUUUUGUAUGAAAAAUUUUAUUUGUGAAAACCUUGAGUUACAACCCCCAUUUUUUUGUGUUUCUCAAUGUUGAUUCCACCGUUAGCGCUAUCCUGUAUGUGAGAUGUGACGCUAGCGGAUGAGUGUAGAAAAAUCAAUUGACUGCUGACCAUGGAAGAGAAACGAACGUCGCGAGCAGUGCUGCUCAGACUCAUUUCCCCGAAAAUAACAUUUUCCGAACUCCGAAGCCACG